GGGAGGAAGGGCUCAGUUUGGUUUGUGCCACCAUUGCCUGCCCUGGGAACUCACAGACCUGAAGCAGCCGGGAUGGGGACACAGGGCCAGAGAUGGGUGCCGUAUAUUCUAUGUGCAGUGCUUGCGACAGUCUCCGCCAUUACCGUAGACACGCCGAACAAAAUAGUUGAAGCCGCUAGAGGGAAGAACGCCACGUUGCCCUGCACCUACCAAAGCGUGGCAGAUAAAACUGGCAGCAUUAUUGGCUGGAAAAAAUUUGAUACCCAGGAUGAGGUUAUCUCCUACUAUUCAGGUGGUGACCGCACAUAUGGAGAUGCUUACACUGGGAGGGUGUCGUUUAUCGGUGACCCGGGGGUUAAUAACGUAGGGAUCACCAUGACUCAGCUGACUAUGCAGGACAAUGGCACGUACCAGUGUGAAGUUAUCAUCCCCAAAGAUCGCAAAGGAACCCCUACUGCCAAAAUGGACCUUGUUGUAUUAGUGGCCCCGACCAAACCCAUCUGUGGCAUCGAAGGGACCUCCGAGUACGGACAAGACAUCAAGCUGAAAUGCAACUCAGUAGAAGGAUCCCCGGUCCCCGACUAUCAGUGGACAAGUUACAACCCCCAGAAUGCACCACGGCAGCUACCACUGACAUCUGUGAGGGAAGGAAGUGAUCUGAAGCUGAAGAACAUCUCGGCCGACACCUCUGGUUAUUAUAUCUGUGUCUCCAAGAACAAAGUGGGGGAAGAGUCCUGUAAUAUCACAGUAGUAGUGAUGCCACCUUCGAUGAACAUCGGGCUCUACGCCGGGAUCAUUGGAGGAGGUGUAGCCGCAGUCAUAGUGAUCGGUAUCCUCGUCUACUGCUGCUGCUGCCGCGACUCUGGGGAUAAAGAGGAUUACGAGAUGGGAUACAGAGAUGAUGAGGAAGAAGUCGAUCCACGGCAACAGAACAAACAGCAGAUGCAGAGAAAUCAGAGGGAGGAAUAUGACGAUGAUGAUGGCUACCAGGAGAGCAAACGAGGCACGGGCCCCCCGGUGCCACCGGCUAACAGCAAACCUCGCAUGCUUAACGAUUCUGCUGAUGCUUAAUGCACAAAUGUAACAAAACUGACUGGAGAACAUUAUUUUUUUUAUAUAUAUCGAAAAGGACUUUUUUAGCAGUUAAGAUACAUUUAUACCCAUCAACUGGAACCCCCCUUUUUUUUUUUUUUACUUUUUUGUAUUGUUUGUCAGAAACAAAAGGGUUAAUAGAGCAGCGGGGACACAGUUAAUUAAUUGAGCACGGAUGUCGGAUUAAGAUUUGUAUUUAUGUUGGUUUUUAAUUAAUAUCUGCGCUGAUAGGGGCCUUACACUGACAUCGCUGGUCAGUUUAGAUGGAGAUGCCCAUAGGGCUGGCUGAGCCAAUGGCUACUACCCGCUAGAGAAUCAUAGCCUGACCCGAACCCCUCGCACUGUCCGGCCUAGAAACCACCCUGUCAGUAAGUGGGUCAGUCUGUCAUUUCUUGGCAUUUUUAGUUUCCCAAUAUUUGUUAAAUGUUUUUUGUAUAAAGUCUGUAUGUGUACAAGGGAACUUGUUUGGUUUAAAGGUAUUUUUUUUGGUUAGGAAGAAAUGAAAAGUAAAGUUUAUAUCCAAAUAUA